AUGGCGGCGUGCAUGCCGCUGUGUUUCCAGAUGUCACCCUCAGCUUCAGGGGCUUCAUUAGGCUUCAGAAUCCUUCUAAACCAACACAUUUACUCCAGAAAGCUCUUAGAAUCCGUGUCGGGGUUCUGCAGAAGAGGUUACUCGGUGGACGCCCGGCAGGUGGAGGAGGAGAGCGGCAUCAGUUCUGCGGGGUUCACCGGCCCUCUGGAUCACUACACCGGACUGAUCCGGGACGGGACCCUGCGGGAGGAUGAGCACCAGAAGGCGGUGCUGGAGAAGCUGGACCAGCUGCGGAAAACCCUCCGAGGCUACAGCAACACGCCCACAUCCAUCUUCUCUAAGUUUUUCGCAAAACCAAAACCUCCGAAAGGCUACUACAUCUACGGAGAUGUCGGUACGGGAAAAACGAUGGUGAUGGACAUGUUUUAUUCAUAUGUGGAGACAGAAAAGAAAAAGAGGGUCCACUUCCACGGUUUCAUGUUGGAUGUGCAUAAAAGAAUCCACCGGCUCAAGCAGAGCAUGCCAAAGAGAAAAGCAGGAAAAAUGGCCAAAUCGUACGACCCCAUCGCUCCGGUGGCGGAGGAGAUCAGCGAGGAGGCGUGUCUGCUGUGCUUCGACGAGUUUCAGGUCACAGACAUCGCCGACGCCAUGAUCCUCAAGCAGCUGUUUGAGAAUUUGUUCCUGAACGGCGUCGUGGUCGUGGCCACGUCCAAUCGGCCUCCUGUAGAUUUGUACAAAAAUGGGCUUCAGAGAGUCAACUUCGUGCCUUUUAUUGCAGUAUUGCAGAAAUAUUGCCAAACUCUCCGUCUGGAUUCUGGGAUCGACUACCGGAAACGGAACAGACCGUCUGCUGGGAAACUCUACUUCCUCUCGAGUGAAACGGAUGCAGAAGCAACGCUGGAUAAAAUGUUUGACGAGCUGGCCUUUAAACAGAACGACAUAACACGGCCGAGAGUUCUGAACGUCCACAACAGAAAAGUUGUUCUGAACAAGGCGUGUGGGACCAUCGCAGACUGCACCUUCGAGGAGCUGUGCGAUCGGCCUCUGGGAGCCAGUGACUACCUGGAGAUCUCCCAGCUCUUCGACACCGUCUUCAUUCGACACAUUCCUCUGCUCACGCUCAACAAGAAAACUCAAGCCCGGCGGCUCAUCACGCUCGUCGACGCGCUCUACGACCACAAGGUGCGGGUGGUGAUCCUGGCCGAUCACCCGCUGGAAGACAUCUUCGUUCACGACGGGGAUCACGGUCACGACGAGAGCCACGUCCUGAUGGACGACCUGGGCCUCAAACGGGACGAAGCCAGCAGUCUGUCCAUCUUCAGCGGAGAGGAGGAGAAAUUCGCCUUCCAGCGGACGGUUUCUCGCCUCACGGAGAUGCAGACGGAGGAGUACUGGCUAGAGGGGGACAGAAGCUCCAAAUCAUAGGUGCUACAUUCGUUGGCGGCGUCCAGAAGCGGCACUCCUCCUCCUCCUCCUGCCAGAAACACUAAACUCCUACUCACCUUAUAACGCACAAUCCCACCGGGGCGGCUCCUGCUGUACGGACAGAAUAUAAACGGCUUUUAUCUUUUUUUUUAAGUGCACUUUAUUUGAAGAUGAACUUUGGGAACGCUUUUAACUUCAUAUUGAGGUCCAGUUUUGAGGGAUAAUCUACUUUUGAAGGGGGUUUUAUGAAGUUUUAGGGAACAUGUCGACACGUUCGAGGCUUUUAUAAGAAAAUACACCUGUAUAUAGAUUGAAUAGGAGAUUUAAAGUGGUGUGUUGAGAAAUAUUCAUCUCUGUGCAGUCCAGUUGUCAGUGCCUCCACCGAACAUAAAGCGUCUUCCUCACCGAACUGGAAGCUUUCAUGUGUCCGUCGUCUGCAGACGAAAUGAACAAUGUUUUCCAGGACAAUUUACAUCAAGUAAUGUAUUUUUUCUUUAUUUUAACACGGCACACACACAGCCUCACAAAAAAACAAAAAAAAAAAACAAAGACUGCACUGUGUGGGAAGUGAAAGUGAGAAAACCCUUCAGAGUUUAUCUCCUGUACAAACAAAAGUGUGACUGAUGCAAACAAGCAGCUGGUGCUAUUUUCUUUAUUUUUUGCAAACAUUAAAUCAUCACUCCCUCCUAUCUGAAGCGGCCUCGCAUCAGAAAUAUAAACUGGUCCUUAACAUUCAUAUUUUAGAUCUGGAAACAGUGUUGUCAUAAACAUUUCAGUCAAAUUGGCCUAAAAUAGUUUUAAAAUCCAUGUGAACUAUGAAGAAAGGUUAGUUUUGCUAUGGCACUAAUUAAAGUCAUGAUCUCGCUCAUCGUUUGGCUAAAUGUCAGAAAAUGACCCUCAGAAGGACAUUUGAUACAAAUAAAAAUCCAACCUCAUGUUGAGUGACUGAGUUGCUUUGAAUUUCUGGUGAGUUUCUAAAGAAAAAAACAUUCAAUCAUUUUAUGACACCAUUGUUCUCUUAUUGUUAUUUUGAAGAAUUGUGACUUGAUAUGGUCACUGGUUCAUUAAAUUAUAUUUAAAUAAAUGACAUUUUAACUGAGCUGUGUUCACUGUUCUGCGUUAUGCCAGAGGAACGGCCACAACUUAAUAUUAAUUCAGAUCAUAGAUGGUUGUUUAAAUAUGACAAAUGGGAUUAUGUAUUAUACAUUACGUACUGGAGGAAUACGUUAAACAACAACAAUGAGAGGGUUGUUGUAGGAAAGACGCGAAGUGCAAAAAAGCAACUUUACAUGUGGGUGGAAUCUGCAGUUCAGCUCACAGGCGACUUCAUUUUCUGCAUUUUCUUCUUUAAUUUCUGCCUUUUAAUGAUUCUGUUUAACAUUUUGGACUUUACAACAAAUUUGCAGGUACCCAGUCAGUCUCCAGUUAAAAAAAAAACUUCAUUAUUUUGACUGGUGUGUUCAUUUAUCUUCUGUUUCACCCAUAUUUUAGAGCUGAUUUUGUACAACGUGUGGAGGUUGCACACCUGGAGAACAUCAGUUUCAGGAUCACUGGUGACUCUAAACUGACUCUAAACGGCUGUUUUGUGUGAUCGUCUUGCUGUGGUGGACUCCUGUCAGUAAUCUGGGCUCAGCUGCAGUGUUCGAUGAAGCAGUGUGAUGAAUGGAUGGUCGGUCUGUGCCCCGCAUCAUCCAAUCCAGCAUUCGGUGUCUGUGCCGAGUCAGAAGGGGUAAAAUGCUGAGAGCGUCCUGGACAGAUGACCUCAAACCAACACCAAACCAUCUCCAUUUAACUUUGUUUCGAAAGCUCUAUGGGUGAAGGCCAUGGUUCAGUAUAAAUCUGUUCUGAAAUGAUGAUUAUAUAGAAAUUCGUAUGUGAAUAAAC